AUGCCGGGUAAUAUAUUAAUUUUAGGAACUGAUUCCAUUGGUCGGUUUCUUGCGUCGCAGUUCGCAAAUUCACGAAAGUCGUACUUGGAAGUUUUUAUGCUAUUUGCAAAUGAAUCUCUAAUGAAGAAUUACAGUGCCAACGAUUCCACUGUCAGAUAUGAAAACCAUCUUUCCCGGCAUAAUCCACUGAAGGCAUCAUAUUCACUGCCAGGAUGUUAUUUUCCGCACGGGUCAAAUAAACAAAUUCAGAUUAGCUAUAGCAAAGCAUUGCGGCAGACUGAUAGGAAAUAUAGUUCACUCGAUAACAAGCAUAUUGACAACUUAAUUGUCACAGACAGACGAUAUCAAACAGAACGAGUACUCAAAACGUAUCGUGAAUAUAUGUCUGGACGUACUAAUGUGAUGUUUUUAAACCCAGUCAUUGGUGGGAUAGAGAGAGCGGUCAAUGCUUUGUAUGGCAGCAACAACCUCUCUGAUAGGCCAACUUUAUGGAUGGCGAUGUCAACACAUCUUCUACGCAAUAACCUUGGUUUCUCGGUAAAACAUUUAGGGUCUGGUGAUAUUAGAGUGUGUAAAUGUCCUCCGAUGGGAUCAUUCAACAAAUUUUUCAAGAAUCAGGAAGAGCAAUUCCCAGAUAUCGAUGAGCUUCCUCAAUCUUUAAGAUAUUUUAUGAAGCUCCCAAUGCUACAAUCGUUGUAUUGCCCUUAUAAAUACGUGUACAUGGCACAGGUUGAAAAGAUGAUUGUUGACUGUUGCCUAUACCCUUUAACCAGAUUUUUGAAUGAUGAUCUGGAGGAAUUUAUUCGGGCAAAAUCAGUCAAGAAGAUGGUUAAGGACAUAAUCGCGGAAUGCGUUUUGGUACUUAGUCAUUUACAAAGAGUGCAGGCCUUGGCAAGUGUUGAUCCUACAAUGAUAACAGUUCUCCGUCCUGACCGAUUAUAUGAGUUAGUCAUGUCUACUUUGAAAUUAAUGCAAGUAUCAUCUAGCAAGUAUAGAAAGCACAAUAAUAAUGACGUUUAUGAUACAUUAAGAGGCGAAAUACCUCUGAACGAGGUGCUGCCCGUUAAUCUAGAUAUAUAUUAUUCAAAUGAUCUUAUUGUGGAACUUGGUCAAAAGAAAGAUAUUCCAACUCCCGUCAACCAGACAUUGUUUGAUCUGAUGCACAUCCAAAUGAAUUAUGAUGAUUAUAAUAUAAUUCAUUAA